CCCUCUGUCGCCUCUCAUCCUCAAACCAUCCCCCCAUACUUCUUAUCAUGACUUCUUCCAAUGGUGCCACCAAUGGCCAGAAUGGUCACGCGGCCACACCCAGCUCGCUUCCUACCGGAAUCUACGCCCCCGUCAUGACCUUUUUCGACCCCGAGACUGAGGAGCUCGACAUUCCCGUCAUCAAGAAGCAUGCCGUGCGACUCGGUGAGGCUGGCCUAGCUGGCCUUGUCGCUAUGGGCUCCAACGGCGAGGCCGUCCACUGUACACGCGAGGAGAAGAUUGCCGUUACCAAGGCGACACGAGAAGCGUUGGACGAGGCCGGUUUCCAGUCUGUUCCUGUCGUACUCGGAGCCACAGAGGGUAGCGUCAAGGGUACCGUUGAGCUGUGCAAGCUGGCCGCCGAGGUUGGCGCUGCUGCCACUCUCGUUCUCCCUCCCUCUUACUACAAGGCUCAGAUGAGCGAGGACGCCGUCUACAACUACUUCAUCGACCUUGCCAACGCGAGCCCCAUCCCCAUCAUCCUCUACAACUACCCUGGUGCUGUCGCUGGUCUUGACAUGGACAGUGACCUCCUCAUUAAGCUCGGCCAGCACCCCAACAUUGUCGGCACAAAGUUCACCUGUGGAAGCACUGGUAAGCUGACCCGAGUCGCUCUCGCUUCCGAUGCCAAGACACCCUUCCAAGAGGGUUCCGGUUACCUUGCAUUUGGAGGUAUUGCCGACUUCACUGUCCAGACCCUUGUCAGUGGUGGCAGUGGUAUUAUUGCUGGCGGUGCCAAUGUCAUGCCCAAGACCUGUGUUAAGGUCUGGGACCUUUACGUCAAGGGCAAGAGAGACGAGGCUCAAGCUCUCCAGAAGAAGCUCUCCAAGGGCGAUUGGGUGCUGACCAAGGCUGCCAUCGCUGGCACCAAGUCCGCUAUCCAAAGCUACUACGGCUACGGCGGACACCCUCGACGACCCCUUCCCCGUCUCACACCCGAGCAGGCCAAGGGCAUUGAGGAGGGUAUCAAGGAGAUCAUGGAGAUUGAGAUGUCACUAUGAUACACCUUGGAAGACUGAACCCGUUAUUUCCUGCUCCAAUUGGCGAAGAGCCACUUAUAUGGAAAGGUAUGAGUUUGCAUAGCGUUGCAUUUAAUGGCAAAAAGGAGCCCUAUUGGCUCGACAGAU